UGAAGCCUUUCACGCUGUCAAGGGAAUUGUCUGGACUAGCUACUCAACCAAAGACGCUCUCGAUGGCCGACUUGGUCAAUGCAAUGACUAUGCCUCAUUUAGCGACUUAUUUUUAACGAGUGUCGUCUUCACAGAAAGUCGCUAGACGAACACGACACUAGCAUGCGUCAAAUACGAGAGGAAUCUGGUGUCCCAGUGGGAUUCGAUCUCACCGAAGAACUGCAGCAGAUUGAGAUAGCCUAUGACCAGCAACGCGACGAAAUCGAAGAAGCGUUUUCGGAAGCGCUAGAGAUGGAAUGGGUGGGCCCGAUGGUUCCUAUCACUGAUGUAUCCACAGAGACAGAGAACCCGGAAGGUAUAGACUGCUUAGUUUGUCGGUCUGACAUUUGCUGCUCUCCCGAAGUACUGACUGUUCCUUGCCAACAUGCCUAUCAUAAGGAGUGUCUGGAACAUUGGAGUCACGCUGCGCAAGGGGCUAGCCAUACUUGCCCCUACUGUCGCACUGAGUUGUUUCCCGAACCUGAGUAUCGGCCAAAGCAUAUCGAACUUGUACAUGACUACGAGAGAGAGCUUGACGACAUUGAGGACCGAAUGUACUCGCACUCUUGGAUACAGAAGUCGGCGGAUUGGUUUGGGGAUGAGCUGGCGAUGCAGAGGGGGUACGAAAGGUCAGAGACGGAGAAGUUAGACUGACAGCGGCUUCGAAGUGGAAUACUGGGACUUCUUGCUUUGUGAAGUCCGGGGAAGAGGUAGCUUCACCAGUAAUACUUUUGGCGCAUAAAUAGGUAGUCGAUUUUAACAUUAGUAUAUUGAC